AUGUCGGCGGAGGAUGAGUCGGCGGAGGAUGAGUCGGCGGUGACGGUGCCAGGGCAAUCCCAGGCCCCGGGGCAGGUCACCCCGAGCUCCGCCCCUAAUGCUGCCGGCGUUGAAGCCAGGCAGGGGCCCCCCGUGGGAGCCGAGCGGGCGGUGGUCCGGCACGGGGGCGCCCCGGGCUUUAGUCGCCAAGAGCGAGAAGAAGAGGAGGUCUGUAAGGCACAGCACGAGGUCGGGUCCCAGAUCCAGGCCGCCCUCGAACUCGCCCUUCGACUCCAUAAGACGUCAGAUUUCGAAAUCAGCAGCAUCGAGCGGCUGGGCGAGGCCAACACCUUGGUGGCCAACCUGGGGGGGCAAGACCACGGCCGGCAGGAGGAGCUGGCCCAAGCCAUCGAGGAGCGCGACGUCCAUAGGGCCGCGGCGGAGCAGAAGGCCCAGAAGGUUGAGGUGCAAAGGGCGACUGUCGAGCAGAGGGCCCAGGAGGCCCAGCAGCAGAUCACCGCCUUGCGUAGGAGCAUGGAGGAGCUCACAGCGAGGGUAGCUCAACUGGAGGAGACCCACGAAGCGCAGGCGACCUCCCUCAUAGAGAAGGAGGUCUUCAUCGAGGGGCAGAGGAACGCCCUCCUCACCACCGAGCGCAAGCUCACCACUGCGAACACGGAGAUAGAAGAGGGGAGGAAAUGCAUCGCAGGGCUGCGGAAGGAGGUGUCGGAGGAGACCGCGGCGAAGGAGGCCCUCCAAGCUGUGUACAUAUCCCUACAGAGGGACUAUGGCGACCUGGAGGAAGCCGCCGUAGCUGCGUGCCAGGCUGCCGAAGGUGAAGAUGGCCAGUCGGGCAGCUCGCUCGUCAGCCGCCUAAGAUCCUUGCGUGAGCGGGUGACCGAGCAGCUGAAGGGCGCCCUCCGCCUCGGCGUCCAGAAAGCUCUUGGCAUAGUCUCGACGCUCUACAUCGUCGACUAG